AAUCAGUUUUCCCAUCUGGCAACGCAGGUCAAAAGUGACACGGCGACAGCGAACUUAAAAGCGAAAGUUUACUGUUUACGUUUUAGAGGCGUUUGUAGCCGCACACAAGAGUCAGGAUCUGUAGGAGACCUUCGCCAGGAUGUCGCACGCCAUCGAUGAACUACAGGCGAUCAUCGCCGAACUAAAGACGGAGCUGGAGGAGCCAAAGGCAACGGGAAGCAACAACAGCCGCCAGGUACGCGAUCGCAUCGAACGCAUGUCCGCUGAGGUCGUGGACUCCAAUCCUUACAGUCGCCUGAUGGCCCUGCAGAGAAUGAACAUCGUUAAAGACUACGAAAGGAUCCGGGACAAGGCGGUGGCCAUUGUGGGUGUGGGCGGUGUUGGAAGCGUCACCGCAGACAUGCUAACACGUUGCGGGGUUGGAAAACUGAUCCUGUUCGACUACGACAAAGUGGAGCUGGCCAAUAUGAACCGGCUGUUCUUCACUCCUGACCAGGCAGGUCUCUCUAAAGUCGAGGCAGCCGCCGCCACAUUAAGCUUCAUCAAUCCAGACGUACAGAUUGAGACCCACAACUACAAUAUCACGACAGUGGAUAACUUUGAUCGCUUCCUGGACACAAUCUCGCAGGGUGCUAAAGUUGCUGGACAGCCAGUGGAUUUGGUACUCAGCUGUGUGGACAACUUCGAGGCACGAAUGGCCAUCAAUGCGGCUUGUAAUGAGCGUAAUCUCAACUGGUUUGAGUCGGGUGUUUCAGAGAAUGCCGUCUCAGGUCACAUUCAGUUUAUCCGUCCAGGGGACACGGCCUGUUUUGCUUGUGCUCCUCCAUUGGUAGUGGCAGAGAACAUUGACGAGAAGACCCUUAAAAGGGAAGGCGUGUGUGCGGCCUCACUGCCCACAACAAUGGGCAUAACGGCUGGUUUUCUCGUCCAGAAUGCCUUAAAGUAUCUGCUGAAUUUCGGCGAAGUUUCCGACUAUCUGGGAUAUAACGCCCUUAGCGACUUCUUUCCGAAGAUGACGCUUAAGCCGAAUCCUCAAUGCGACGACAGAAACUGUUUGGUAAGACAAAAAGAAUUCCAGGCCAAGCCCAAACCUGUAGUGACGAAGGAGGAAGUCAGCGAGGAGCCGCUGCAUGCCACCAACGAAUGGGGCAUUGAAUUGGUGGCAGAAGACGCACCAGAAAGUAAUCCAACGCCUGCAAAAACCGCUGAGGUUGGCGAAGGUCUUAGACUCGCCUACGAGGCUCCUGAAAAAUCGACCGAAAAUCCAGAAGAAACUGUAACCACCGCGCCCGCGGACGAAACCAGUUUGGAGGACCUGAUGGCGCAGAUGAAGUCCAUGUGAAUUGAUUCCAUACUCUGUAUUUAUAGACACUCUUUUGUAUAACUUUUUUUUUCAUGUAAAAAUUCCGUUUUGUUUGUGUGAAAGUUAGCUCAGCCAUUUUUUAUAUCUUUAAAUGGAAAAUACACGCUUAUAUGCGGUAUUUCAGCUGAUAAUAAAUGGAUGUUAUUUUUUUAAA